ACUGACCAUUCUUGGACUCAGGGCUAGGAAGAAAUUGACACCAUAGAUGGCCAAGGAGGCCCUCUCCCCAGCCAGCCCCUUGGCCUGGGCUUUCUCCUCCCCUGCCUCCUUUAUUCUUUCAUCUAAUUCCCUUGAUAUUUGAGGUCACCUAAUAGACACCAAGCAGGCCCGAUGGGGGAACGCAGAUGCACUGGUGGCACAUGGCUAGCCGCAGCCUUCAGGACAGAGUCCAGGACACUGGCCUCCCUAGGAAGCAGCGGUGUCACAGAAAUCAGAGUAUCUAAGGGAGGAGGGGAGUGAGCCUGAGCGGGGAGGGGGCCCUCUUGUGUCCGACAGCGGGAUUCCAUCAGUGCGGUUCUCAGAUGCUGCUUCCCCCUGCCGGUAGGCAGUUGCCCUGCAGCUCAGACCACGUGAUUUCUGAGAAUAGGCCCUUCCUGGAGGAGAACUGAAACUUAGGGUGGGGACUGUAAAAAGGGGCGGAGAGAUCAGGAAGCUGCCUAGAAGGCUGCUGAGCUGAGGUCAGCUGGGUCCUGGGACGUCCAGCAAACCACUCAGGAUGUCGUCGGGCCGGGCCCGCUGCACCCGGAAGCUGCGGAACUGGGUGGUGGAGCAGGUGGAGAGCGGGCAGUUCCCGGGGGUGUGCUGGGACGAUGCAGCCAAGACCAUGUUCCGGAUUCCCUGGAAGCAUGCAGGCAAGCAGGACUUCCGGGAGGACCAGGAUGCCGCUUUCUUCAAGGCAUGGGCGAUAUUUAAGGGGAAGUACAAGGAGGGGGACACGGAGGGCCCUGCUAUCUGGAAGACUCGGCUGCGCUGUGCCCUCAACAAGAGUCCUGAAUUUGAGGAGGUUCCCGAGAAUGGCCAUAGGGAUGGAGCUGAGCCCUACAAGGUGUAUCGACUGCUGCCGUCGGGGACCCUUCCUGCCCAGCCAGGGCCCCAGAAAUCACCAUCAAAGCGGCAUUACAGUUCUGUGUCCUCUGAGAGGGAAGAGGAUGUGGGUGCCACAGAGAACUGCACACUCAGUCCCUCCUUGAUUGAGGACCCCCUCAAAAAUGAGGAUGUGGGGACCAGUGGGGAAGCAAGCCAUUCAGACUCUGGGGGGAGCAGCGGCAGCAGCAACAAUAGCCCUGAGCCUCAGGAAGGUACAGACACAACUCAAGCCCCUUUCCAAGGAGAUCAGGUGUCAUUGGAGCUUCUGCCCCCUCCAAACUCAGACUACUCGCUGCUGCUUACCUUCAUCUACAGCGGGCGCGUGGUGGGCGAGGCCCAGGUGCAGAGCCUGGACUGCCGCCUUGUGGCUGAGCCCUCAGGCUCCCAGUGCGGGAUGGAGCAGGUGGUGUUUCCCAAGCCUGACCCACGAGAGCCCACCCAGCGCCUGCUGAGCCAGAUCGAGAGAGGAGUCCUGGUAGCCAGCAACUCCAGGGGCCUCUUCGUGCAGCGCCUCUGCCCCGUCCCCAUCUCCUGGAACGCGCCCCAGGCGCCACCCGGCCCAGGCCCGCAUCUGCUGCCCAGCAAUGAGUGCGUGGAGCUCUUCAGAACCACCUACUUCUGCAGAGACCUGGUCAGGUACUUCCGGGGCCUUGGCCCCCCACCCAAGUUCCAGGUGACACUGAACUUCUGGGAGGAGAGCCCUGGCCCCAGCCACACCCCAAAGAGUCUUAUCACAGUACAGAUGGAGCAGGCCUUUGCCCGACACUUACUGGAGACCCCCGAGGAGCAGGCAGCCGCCCUCGCCCUGCUGCAGAGCCUGGGAGACCCACCUUCCUCCUCUCCUCUCUGCUCCUCCUAUUUCCUUUGAAAGAAACUCCUUCUCUACACCAUUGACCUGCCUCCCUCCAUGAUAAUUCUUGGUGGUGGUUUGAUGGUUGUGUCCUUGAACUGCUCACGUACAUGGCUGGUAGAGCACUGAAGGAGGAUUUUUAUCCUUUUGUUUUAAGUUUGAGACAUACCCUCUUUCAUUUCUGAGAAACUGAAUUGGGAAAGUCCAAAUGGUGUGAACUCAGGGGACCUUUCCCGCUUCCCCCAAGCCUAAAGCCAAGCACUUUAUAUUUUCUUCUUAGAUGUUCCCUGGGGAUUUAAAAUAAAACUUUAUUAAAAGA